AAUUGUUAAACGAUGGAACGGUUCUUGAAUAAGCAGUUGUCUGCUGAGGUCAGCAUUUCAUUGCCGGUUAUCAACCUGCCGCCUAAGCAUUCUAUUGAAGUUGGUUUAAAGUUAGGUAAACAGUGCAAGUGCUGAAGGAAAUUGAGGAGUUCCCGAUAACCCAGCUAGAAGCUUUCUGAACCGUAGGAUGAAUAUUUCGGAACUCGGCGAAUUUUGGCCAAUUAUUCAAGCCCUCAUAGUUCUGGCGGUUGUUGGAAUUGUGACUAUAGUGUCGGUCAUCAAGUUCUACAACGUGGUUACUUGCAGUAAAUUCAGAGAUUCGGUCAAAAUGGACGGGAAAACGGUGAUAGUCACAGGAGCCACUGGAGGCAUAGGAAAAGAGACCGCAAGGGAGCUGGCGAAGCGAGGAGCCCGAGUGAUAUUGGCUUGCAGAAAUGUGGAGAAUGGGGAAAAAGUUCGCGCUGAAAUACAAGAAGAAACAAAAAACGACAAACUCGUAGUGCGCGAGCUGGACUUAUCGUCACAAAAGUCCAUCAGAGGCUUUGCUGAAGCCAUAAUCAGCACUGAAGAACGUUUGGAUGUGCUGGUUCACAAUGCGGGGACUGCAGAGAAAAACCUGGUAAAAACUGAAGAUGGACUCGAACUUACCAUGGCCACCAAUCACUUUGGCCCUUUUCUGCUCACCCACUUGCUGAUUGAUCUUCUAAAGCGCUCGGCUCCAUCUAGGAUAGUGGUGGUAGCUUCGUCCUUAUACCAACUGGCGUCGUUGAAUUUGGAUAAUCUCAACCCAUCCAGCUCAUGGUUUCCUCCUUAUAUUUACUACCCCUCCAAAUAUGCCAACAUUUGCUUCACUCUGGAGCUCGCUAGGAGGUUGGAAGGAACGGGAGUGACCGCUAAUUGCCUCCACCCCGGAUUAAUCGACAGCGGAAUAUGGAGAAACGUGCCAGUCCCAUUGAAUUGGCCCUUGAAGCUCAUAGUAAAGGGUUUUUUCAAAACACCCCAGCAAGGCUGCCAGACAUCGUUGUAUUUGACCUGUUCAGACGAAGUGAAGAACGUGAGUGGGAAAUAUUUCAUGGAAUGUCGAGAACACUCGCUAAAUCGGGGAGCUUCGGACAUGGCGAAAGCUGGAAAGCUUUGGGAGCUGUCCAAAGAACUGACCAAACUGAAGCCAACUGAUCCAACAAUUUAAGCACUUUUUUAUUUUUAACAAAUUGCAAGAAACAAUUCUUUCCAGAGCGACUGGUAAGUCAUUUUUUCUGGUCUUUAAAUUAUUUCGAAUUUAUUGCAGAAUAAACGAUUGAAAUGUU